AUGGCGAGCUCAGCAGUUGUCGACCCUCUGCAGACGCUUCAGGCAGCACUGACAGUGCAGGCAAACUCCAAGGAACAAGCAGACAUCCUCGAUUCGCUGAGGGAAUACCUCGAAGCCCAACCAGCUCUAAUACCAGUCCUCGCCGGUACUCUCGUUGGCCAGGUCGUGAACAGCGGGGACUCUCUUCUCAAGUCAUGGGUAUUCAAUUUGCUGCAUUUUGCCAUAUGCAGGUCCGCUUUGUCGCAGGAUGUGAGGACCACUCUGUCGUCGCAGUCGCUGGAUUCGUUAGCUCAGCUGCUCGGUGACCCCAAUCCCGCAUUGGUCAAAAUUGCAAUACAGACUCUCACCACAGUCUACCCGUUGCUGUUCCGUCUUUUAUGCACCACCCGGAGCAAUCCUGCUGCAUGGGAGACACUCACGCGGUGCAAGGUCCGGAUACUGGAGUUUAUAUGGAGUCCUACUCCUACAGCGGGUAUGAGGCUGUCGGCAAUGAAGUUCAUGCAACGGGUGAUCUUAGUUCAAACGCGCGGUGUGUCUGACCCUAGGCUGCAAAAUAAGAACGAUCCGAAUAUCUCUUUCUGCCCUGCCGACCACCCUUUCCUUUCAGUGCCGACGCUGGAACAGGAGGGUCAGAGAUUAUUUGAUGGUGUUGUGAACAUCUUCAUGACAAGCCAGAAUGUCGACCUCCUGACCGCGGUGCUUAACAGCUGGUCGAACUUUGUGAAGCUGAGGCCAUUACAUGCUCCGAAGGUGAUCGCCACUCUCAAGCAGUGGUCACCAGACAUCCUUAAAGGCCAGUCGGCUAACAGCAUCAAGAGUGUGGAGAAGGCGAUUCGCAUUUUUCUCAUACAUAUCUCCCGGAUCCCUGCGUAUGCUCAGUAUGGUGCGAUUAUUGGCGAAGUCCUCACCGUGCAAGGCGCUCGAAUGGAUGCUGCGGCUGCAGAGGAGAGGAAACGAAAGGCCGCCGCCGCCGAAUCUCGAAAGCGAGCCACAUCAGCUUCUGCUGAACGUCCGCCAGAAGCCAAACGCGCCAAGCUCGAGCCAGAAGAAGCUCCACUCGCGGCGACCCCAUCCUCUUCAUCAACAGCUCCAUCCCCACUAGCCAGCUUCGACUUCACUACCCUUCCCGCAUCCCUCAUUACGGAUCUCAUUGUUGCAAACCUGGACGCUUUCACGGAAGCGGCUCUUGUAGAUUUGAUUCAGAACUAUCGUACGACCAAUAACAUUGGGGCCGAAUCGAAAGUUGCGGGUCCUUCGAAAAGCACCCCUCCGCCCGCACCUCCGGCCACCGUCAAGUCUUCUGUACCCUCUUCCUCCCCGUUGUCCGUCCCCGCUGUCGUCCUGCAGAAUGAACCAGCCGCAGUGUCAACACCACCACCAGUGGUCGUUAAAGAAGAACCCAUCGAUCCCAUGCAGAUGGACAUCGACCAAGACGAGAUUGAAUACGAACCGGAACAGCUCAACCUUGAGCUAUCUGGAGACGUACCGCAAGCGGCGGCGGCGACCCCUGGUGCGGGCGUUAGCCCAGAGAGCCUCGAUCUACAACUUGUAGAAUUCAAACUUCCGCCUCCGAAGGAUCUUGACGAAGAGGAACGGAUAACGCUACUACGCGUUGGGGUUUCACGCAUAUGGACUAGUGCUGAGGAGGCCAGACAAGGCGCUGACGUCACUCAUGCAGACCCAGCACAAGAUAUGUGGAUGCUUUUGAUCAUACGGAUGAUAACGCGGGCUGCGGAACAACCUGACGAUGGCGCGCAGCUAGACAUUGAAGCCAAGGCAGAAGAGGAUUCUGCAGUAGCGACGCUGGAGUCACGGCAUGAUCGACUUCGACAGAUUCUGUGCGAUUAUAUCAUGGCGGACUUUCCCUCGAGAAUUCGUCUGGCAACUACAUGGAUGAAUGAAGAAUGGUAUAAUGAUCGAAUACGCAGCGCCAAAGAUCAUUCCUGGCGGCCCAAUUACGACAUCUGGUUGCACCAGAUCGUCGUAUCCUAUCAAACACUGCUGGACGGCAAAGAUAGGACAUUUGGGCGAUUCCUAUUGGACUUGCCCAUGAUUCCCUCAGAUGUCCUGAAUCUGCUUCGUGACCAAUGUCUAGACAAUGAGAGCCCUGAGCGAAUGCAAGUUGGCUUUACGACGCUUCGUGGAUUCGUCAUACAGCGACCUUCUCUGCGCGGCGAAGCUCUGAAUGCGUUGCUCGAGCUUACCACACACCCAGAGAAGAAGAUUCGUGGCGCCGCAAUCAACACAGUGAAGAUAUGGGUGCCAAAUUCACAACCUAUGGACACCAUGAUCCGCGAAUUUGCAUUGCAGAUGCUGCGAAGGCUCCAGCUCCAGCCGUCAAAACCGGCGGAAACGACGAAGUCGGCCGAUGGGGACGAGAAGAUGGAAGAUGGUCAACUCCCAUUGGAGGACUUGGUUCAAACACCAUUUUUACCAGAGAAGGUGGAACUCCCCGCUGAGAAGUCGCAGAUCUUGCAACAUGUCGAGUUGCUUUUCGCUCUUUCAGUAAAAGUUCCUGACUUCCUUGAUGAGAUCUUUGCAGCCUAUGGCUCAAUGGAUGUUACAGUCCAGAAAGCCAUCCAAGAGUUGAUUACUGCCCUCAUCCGUGCUGAAUCGCUAGCCCUUAGGGUCCUGACUAUAUUCACUGAGCAUGGGCGGCCUAGUGCUCAACUCGUGGCUUUGGUUAAGGGUCUCAUUAGUGAGCGUGAUUUGGAUGCUCGGUUCCUCAUACCCAUCAUCGCGGAAAUGGACAAGGCGGACAUUAUGCGAUAUCUACCUCGCAUCGUCUCGAUCCUUAAUGGAGAGGCGGAACCAAAAAAUCUCGUCCGUUCAGUGUUUAGCUCCGUGGUGACGACGCCGCCGCAGACAUUUGGCAGUGUAACGUCUAACCUGCCAAGAGUGCGGCAAAGUGAGCUGCUAACGCCGGCGGAACUGAUGGUUUUGCUGCAUGAUUCUGAGAAGGAGAUCGGCUUAAAAAGCGCGAUUGAAGCUAUCGGCAUCUGCUUCUCUAUGACCGAUGUAUUCAGGUCCGAGAUUCUAGCAGUGGUCAUGCAACAAAUAAUGGACGAACCUAUCCUCCCUGUGUUGUUCCUAAGGACGGUGAUCCAAGCGGUGAAAACUUACAAGUCUCUGAUUGGCUUUGUGUCAACGACGCUGCUCUCUCGACUCAUAACCAAGAAGAUAUGGACCAAUCCGCCUCUUUGGGAGGGCUUUAUUCGAUGUGCCAAAGUCAUUGCUCCUGCCAGUUUCAGCGCCCUGCUUCAGCUGCCAAAGGAUCAACUCCGCGAGCUGGUGGAUAAACAGCCGAGUCUGAAGUCUGGUCUUAGGGACUAUGUUAUAAAGAAGGCUCCUAACAAGGCACGCGGUGCUGGCUACUUGGACAUAUUCGGCGACGGCGAGGAUAACAACGACAGUAGCACCCCACUUGCCUCUACUCCUGUUCCCCAGCCGGACGCUUCUUUGACGGCCCCUGCAGCUUAA